CCGAGCAUAUAUACUAUAUACUUCCUGAUCUAAUUAUAAGAUAUUCUUUCUUCGAGUGCAUUCAACUCUUAGAUAUACCAGAUUUUUAAAAUCUGAAAACAGCGGCGUACGGCAGCUUCGAAAAUGUAUGGUAAACGUUAUUCCUCUGAACAGUCUCCCGCAAACCCUGAACAAAGUCCCGGUAAUUUUAAUUCAUCGUCGACGCUUAUAAAAUUUAAGCACGGAAACAAAGAAAUACCGCGAUCGUUCACAGCCCUGCGGAAACGCAGUCAGUGCCGACGACACCGCACGGGCGCUGCGAGAGUCCGAGAGAGAAAGAGAUACAGUGUGUAUAGCGCGAGAGCACAUUGCACGAUGAUCCAAAGAGGCGCGCGCACCUCUCGCCUCUGCAGCUGUCAGCCGUCGCGUCUCUCUUCUGAAGUCGCUCUUCUUGCCCGUAAUAUACACACUCCGAUACUGUGAUAUAUCAGCUAAUUUGUAGAGUCGUGCUCGUGUUUUCAUUCAAGAUUCGCGGGUGAAAAAUGCUGUAGGGAAAAAGAUGAGUCUGCCCAGCGUCAAGGACUACACACUGCUGGAGAAAAUCGGGGCUGGCAGCUACUCCACGGUGUACAAAGCCUUCAAGAGGGAUGGCUCUCGCGAGGUGGUGGCGAUCAAGUGCGUGGACAAGUCGACCCUCUCGAAAUCGGCGAUCGACAAUCUCAUUACGGAAAUUAAUUUACUCAAGAUACUCAAACACGAGCACAUCGUCGAAAUGCGCGACUUCUUCUGGGACGAGGGGCACAUCUAUAUCGUGAUGGAGUAUUGCGACGGUGGCGAUCUGUCGAACUUCAUCAAACGAAAGCAUAAGCUGGCCGAGCACGUCUGUAGAAAGUUUUUGCAGCAGCUCGCGCUAGCGCUCAGGUACCUGCGCAACCACAAUGUCUGUCACAUGGAUUUGAAGCCGCAGAAUCUGCUGCUUAUCAAAAGGCCCGCCCUCGUGCUCAAAGUUGGAGACUUCGGUUUCGCCCAGUACCUGAGCAGUUCGGAGACCAAGUUUUCGAUACGAGGCUCGCCUCUGUACAUGGCACCGGAGAUACUGCUGCGGCACAAGUACGACGCCAGGGUGGACCUGUGGAGCGUCGGCGUCAUCAUGUACGAGUGUCUAUUCGGCAAGGCGCCGUACUCGAGCAACAGCUUUCCCGAACUCGCCGAGAAGAUCAAAGACAUGAGGCCGAUCGAGCUGCCCAAGGGAUGUCACAUAUCCGGCGAGUGCAAGGACCUGCUGUUGCGGCUCUUGAAGCACAACCCGGACGAGCGGCUGACCUUCGACGAGUUCUUCGCGCACGACUUCCUCGACCUGGAGCACGCGCCGACGCGCGAGAACUUGGACAAGGCCGUCGCUCUCGUCCACAAGGCUGUGAAAUCCGACGCGGACGGCUGUCGCAGGGAGGCCUAUCAUCUCUACUGCGAGGCUCUCCGCUACUUCAUUCCUGUACUCACAAGCGAGACUGAUUUGCAGAAGAAGGAGGCGCUGAGACUGAGGGUGAACGAGUACAUCAGGCGAGCGGAACAAUUAAAGGACACGUGUGCGGAGGCUGAUCAGAGGCGGAAGAGCGAGAACGGGGCGCAUCAGGCCGCGGAGACUACCAACUCGCAGCAGCCAGUCUCGAGGUGCGACUCGCUCGAGAGAAACGCUGCGAUCAAUUUUCUCGAACUACGUACGCUAAGCAAGAGCACGACGGGCAUGUCGGCGGCGCUAGAGAUCGGCGAGUCGGCCGAGCAGUACCUGGCUGAGGGCAACUACGAUCUGGCUCUCGAGAAGUUUCAAUCCUGCCUGAAAGUCCUGGUGCCGCUGCUGGGCAAAGAGCCGCCGGGGCGCAGACGCGAGCUCCUCUCCAAGCAGGUUCACAAAUGGAUGAAGGAAGCAGAAAGCACCAAGGGCCUUCUUAUCACGAAAGAGAUGGAAAGUAACGCGCAGCGCACCUCAGAGUCUCAAGAGCAGUGUUCAUUACAAUGAGAGCUUUUCUUGAUCUUUAAUAAAUUUUUGAUGAUUCUUAAUUUAGUUUAAUAAAUGUUUUUAAGAUAAAUAUAUAUAUACACGAUA